AUGCCAAAUUUAUCAUUAAAUUCUUUACCUGAAAAUUUUAACUUAUCUUCUUCUCCUAUUCCUCCUCCUUCUACUUCUUCUACGGAAGAUUUCUCAUCAAAUCAAUUUAGUACUUUGGAUUAUCCUUGUGAUCAUAAAAUUUAUAAUAAUCAAAAUUUAUAUACUUUGGAUAAUCAAAAUUCUACUCAACAACAACAACAACAACAACAAAAAAUUGAUCAAAAUCAAACCUCAUUAAAUUCUAAUAAUAACGUUAAUAUCGUUGAAAAUAUUUCUUCAAAUUUUACUGAUUCUAUUAACAAUAAUGAUAAUUAUUGUAACGUUUAUUGUGGUGAUUCUUAUAAUCUUUCGGAUUAUGAUGUUACAACUGAUUAUAAUGUUACUGAAAAUGAUUUAUAUUUUAAUAAUGAUGGAAUUGAAGAUAAUUCUAUUUAUUAUUCUCAAACUCCACAAUCAUUACAACAACCACCACAACAAUCUCAACCACAACAACAAUCUCAAUUACCACAGCCACCACAAUCACAACUGCCACAACCAUCACAGCUACCACAGCAAUCACAACUACCACAACAAUCACAACAAUCACAACAAUUACAACAACCACCUUCACAGCAAUUACAAUCUCCUCAAUUACAACAAUUACCAUCACAACAAUUACAAUCACCAUCAUCACGACAACAACAACAGUUACAACAAUUGCCUCCACAACAACUAUCAUCGCAACAAUUACAAUCACAACAACUACCAUCGCAACAAUUACAAUCACAACAAUUACUCUGUCUCUUAUACACAUCUAGAUGUGUAUAAAACAACUAUCAUCGCAACAAUUACAAUCACAA